ACCGCCCCAGCGCCGAGGGGGAGACGGUCCCAAGAUGGCGGCGCUGCAGGCGGAGCGCGGGUACGGGCUGUCCUGCGGGCGGCUCGGCCGGGGCACCCGCGUCUCCGUCUUCCACGUCAAGCUGACGGACAGCGCGGUGCGGGCCUUCGAGGGCUACCAGGGCAGCAAGGACUCUGUUGCAUUGAGACCAACAAUCCAAUUUCAAGGAAACCAAGGGCACAUCACUAUUCCCAGGCCCGAUUGCCAAACGGAAGUGCGAACUUUCAUGUUUUAUCUUUCAAAUAUUGGCAGGGACAGCCCCCAGGGGAGUUUUGACUGUAUACAGCAGUAUGUAUCCAGCAAUGGUAAUAUCCAUCUGGAUUGUCUUGGAAGCAUACAGGAUAAAAUCACGGUGUGUGCUACUGAUGAUUCCUACCAGAAGGCAAGGCAGAGCAUGGCACAAGCUGAGGAGGAAACGCGCAGCCGAAGUGCAAUAGUUAUUAAACCCGGCGGGAGAUAUGUAGGUAAAAAGGUUCAGUUUCGUAAGCCUGCACCAGGAGCUUCCGAUGCUGUUCCCGCUAGGAAACGGCCAACACCAGUCAACCUCGCUAGUGCAAUAAAGAGAGGCAAUAGUGCGAUUUCUCAGAGACCCUUCAAAGAUAGAGUUGUGCACUUAUUGGCACUAAAGCCUUAUAAGAAACCUGAACUUAUUCUCAGAUUGCAAAAGGAUGGACUUUCUCAGCAGGACAAGGAUUUGCUGGACAGCCUCUUGCAACAGGUGGCAAAUCUGAGUGCCAAGGACAGCACUUAUACAUUGAAAGAUUGUAUGUACAAAGAUGUACAGAAAGAUUGGCCUGGCUACUCGGAAGGAGAUCAGCAGUUACUGAAGAGGAUACUUGUUCGGAAACUCUCUCAGCCCCAGAAUGUUAGCAGUUUUGUGGGAGACACUCCUUCCUUGAGUCCCCCAAAAGAAAACGUGAACUCCUCUUCCCCUCCUCAGAAACGAUCCCAGCCUCUGGAAUUCAUUGAUCCACUAGCCAACAAAAAGCCUAGGAUAUCUCACUUGGCCCAUAGAACUCAGCCCACUUUUAAUGGGAAACUGAACUCCUCGAACGGGAAAGAUGCACCUGCUCCUGCCGUGCAGUCGGCUGUGGCCGAUUCUGUCAGCUCCGGCUCUCACUUACCAGUUCUGGAGCUUCCAAGGCCUCAUGACCCCCUUUCUGAUGUCAGCAGUGACCUAAGUCACAAUGGCAGAGACUGUGAGAACCCAGAGGCAACUGACAGAUUGACUAAUACUUUGUCAACAGACUGUCCCCAAACGAGCAAACACAACUGUAGCUCACUGUAUGUGAAAACAAAGAAAAAAUCCAAAAAGCACAAAGAAAAAGAGAGAAAAGAGAAAAGUGAAGAAAAAUGCAAAGAGGAGAAGCAGGACUGUGAACUAAUCAAGAAAGGUGGCUUAAAAACGAAUACCUCCAAGGGUGUCGCAGGUUUAAAUGGAACGUGCAAUAAUUCUAGUGUACCAACAUCAACUUCGGAAAUGCCAGAUUAUUUAUUAAAAUAUGCAUCCAUUUCCUCUUUGGAGCAGCGUCAGAGUUAUAAGAAUGACUUCAAUGCGGAGUACAAUGAGUACAGAGACUUGCACGCCCGGAUAGAGAGAAUAACUCGACGGUUCACCCAGUUAGAUUCCCAGCUGAAGCAGCUUUCGCAAGGCUCUGAAGAAUAUAAGACGAUCCAUGAUCAAAUUUUACAGGAAUAUCGUAAAAUCAAAAAGACAAACCCUAAUUACAGCCAAGAAAAAAAUCGCUGCGAAUACCUCCACAACAAACUGGCUCAUAUAAAAAAACUGAUAGCAGAGUAUGACCAACAGCAGUUUUAGUCUUGGCACUAAUAUCUGGACUGGGUAGUGCAAAAAAGAUUCACUUGGAUGUUACAGUUUCCUUUUAUACAACAAAAAAAA